UUUUUUCAAAAUAAAUUUAUCAACACGGAACAAAAAUAACUAUUUACCUAUAUUUUAACUUGGGGCUUGUCUGUUGGAGUAUUCAUAUACAUCAAGAGUAUCUCACGCGUUCCCUUGCGUGUGGGAGAGUUUCUCUAUUUUGUGACUGACCUGAGCAGUGUUUAAAGCCGGUAGAGCGACCCCAUAUUGCACUGCACCUUAUCUCACCUCUCUUUGACUGUUCUCCACCCCAGGGUAAUGCCCACACUAAGUUAUUCCCAAACCACACCAAUGUCGACCUCUUCACCACUCUUCCUCCUCCUAAUUAUUAUUAUUAUUAUUCCUAUCCUCCACUUUCACGCGGCGGAAGCCGCCGCCAAGGGACAGUGGCAGCUCCUCCACAAAAACAUCGGCAUUGUCGCCAUGCACAUGCAGCUCCUCCACAACGACCGCGUCAUCAUCUUCGACCGCACCGACUUUGGACUCUCCAACCUAACCCUCCCCGACGGAAGGUGCCGCAACAACCCAAACGAAAUGGUCGUCAAAACCGACUGCACCGCACACUCUGUCGAAUACGACGUGGUAGCCAACACAUUCCGCGCCCUCUUCGUCCAAACUAACGUCUGGUGCUCCUCCGCUUCAGCCUCUCCCGACGGAACACUAGUUCAGACCGGCGGAUUCAACGACGGCGACCGCGCCGUCAGAACCUUCACCCCGUGCCGCACCUGCGACUGGAAAGAAAUUGACGAUGGACUCGCGGCACGGAGAUGGUACGCCACCAAUCACAUCUUGCCAGAUGGGCGACAAAUAAUUAUCGGCGGAAGAAGACAAUUCAACUACGAGUUUUACCCCAAGACACAAGCUAAGAACACUUACAGCUUACCUUUUCUGGUUCAAACCAACGACGCUAACGCUGAAAACAACCUCUACCCGUUUGUUUUUCUAAACGUGGAUGGCAACCUUUUUAUCUUCUCAAACAACCGCGCUAUCUUAUUCGAUUACAAUAAGAACAGUGUGGUGAGAACGUACCCUCAAAUACCAGGUGGAGAUCCACGGUGUUAUCCUAGCACCGGUUCCGCGGUUUUGCUUCCUUUGAAGAAUCUUCGAGCACCUAAAGUGGAGGCUGAGGUUUUAAUCUGUGGUGGAGCCCCGAGAGGAGCUUACCAGAAUGCUUUAUCGGGUAAGUUUGUUCCAGCGUUGGAAACGUGCGCUCGGAUUAAAAUAACCGACCCGAACCCGAAAUGGGAUAUGGAAACAAUGCCCGGUGCUAGAGUCAUGAGUGACAUGGUUUUACUCCCGAACGGCGACGUUUUGAUUGUUAAUGGAGCAGCCGUAGGGACUGCGGGCUGGGAAUUGGGCCGUAACCCGCUACUGAGUCCGUUUCUUUAUAAACCAAAUAAUCGGGUCGGGUCGAGAUUUGAGGUUCAAACAUCGUCUGAUAUUCCGAGAAUGUACCACUCCAGUGCCGUUUUGCUUCGUGACGGUCGCGUUCUGGUUGCUGGGAGCAACCCUCACAUUUAUUACAAAUUUACGAAUGUUUUGUUCCCAACGGAGUUACGGUUGGAAGCGUUUUCUCCUUGGUAUCUUGAGCCUGGAUUCUCUAGCGUGCGUCCCACAAUAGUGUUUCCUGCGUCCCAAACAAAACUCAAGUACGGUCAGACGUUGAGGCUUCGGUUUGAGGUGAUGAGCGCGACUUUGGUUGGGGAUUCGGUGUCGGUUACGAUGCUGUCGCCGCCAUUUAACACGCACUCGUUCUCCAUGAAUCAGAGGAUGCUGGUGCUGGAGCCACACGAUUUGAGUAAGGUUGGGGAAUCGACGUACGAGGUUGAAGUUACCGCGCCGGUUUCCGCUGUUCUUGCGCCACCGGGUUUCUAUCUGCUGUUUCUGGUUCAUCAAGAAAUUCCAAGCCAGGGUAUUUGGGUCCAGAUGGUGUGAAACUGUCAAUUUUCCUCGCUGCCUACUCUUCAACUUCAUUCCAUUUUUAUUUUUUUUAUGAAAGGCAAAGUAUCUAUAAAAUAACAAAGGAGCUCUUCAACUUCCUUCCUAUAUGUUUUAUUUUGUUCUUUUUAUUCAGGGAGUGAACCGAUGUAGGUGAGCAUUUAUUAACUGUAAGAUAUGGGAAGAUCAAAUUUAAAUAAAGUGAUUUCUGGCGGGGCAUGUAAAUAAUGCCCUAGGGAGUUUGUAAUUAUUGUUUAUGAUACUAUUUCUUUGCAAUUCUUAA